ACGGGAAGCCAAGAUGGACGCUUCCAGUUGAGCUCCUUUCCUGAGCUGGGGAACCCUACAUCCGCCGUCCUCAGCUGCUGCUCGUUCUUCUUCAGCAGUGGGGGAAGGAGAGGGAAUGAAAAGUUGCAGCGGCGGAGGAGUCCCGGUGAACGACUCUGCUGUUGCCCUGGGGGCGCAGCCAGGGCUCGCUGCGCCUGACGCGUCCUGAGUUACUCAGCUGACCAGAGUGUGUUUGAAUUCAUACAGAAAUAAUGUUGAUAUCUGGAACCCAUGUCGAACUUCUAUGAAGAAAGGGCAACAAUGAUUGCAGCUGGGGAUUUGCAGGAAUUUGUUCCUUUUGGUCGAGACCACUGCAAGCAUCACCCUAAUGCUUUGAAUCUUCAGCUUCGUCAGCUUCAGCCAGCGUCUGAGUUAUGGUCUUCUGAUGGUGCUGCUGGCUUGGUGGGAUCUCUUCAGGAGGUUACAAUCCACGAGAAACAGAAGGAAAGCUGGCAGUUAAGAAAAGGUGGAAGCGAAAUUGGAGAAGUGGAUUAUGAUGAGGAACUCUAUGUGGCUGGAAAUAUGGUGAUCUGGAGCAAAGGAAGUAAAAGCCAGGCACUGGCUGUUUAUAAAGCCUUUACAGUUGAUAGUCCUGUUCAACAGGCAUUAUGGUGUGACUUCGUUAUAUCACAGGAUAAGUCUGAAAAAGCCUAUAGUACUGCUGAAGUAGAAAAGUGUAUGUGUAUACUGCAAAGCUCAUGUGUCAAUGUGCACAGCAUAGAGGGAAAGGAUUACAUUGCUUCUUUACCUUUUCAGGUUGCAAAUGUUUGGCCCACCAAAUAUGGAUUACUAUUCGAACGAAGCAGUUCUUCACAUGAGCUACCUCCAGGUCCACCCAGAGAACCUUUACCCACUAUGUUCAGCAUGCUGCAUCCACUAGAUGAAAUAACCCCACUAGUUUGUAAAUCUGGAAGUCUUUUUGGUUCAUCACGGGUGCAAUAUGUUGUAGAUCAUGCGAUAAAGAUAGUUUUUCUCAACACUGAUCCCUCCAUUGUAAUGACCUAUGACACUGUUCAGAAUCUGCAUUCUGUGUGGGUUCUUCGGAGAGUCAAAGCAGAGGAAGAAAACGCUGUUUUAAAAUUCUCUGAACAAGGGGGAACCCCACAGAAUGUGGCCCCUAGUAGCUCCCUCACAGCACACCUGAGAAGCCUCUCUAAAGGAGACUCCCCCAUGGCCUCGCCUUUCCAGAAUUACUCCUCCAUCCACAGUCAGAGUCGUUCCACCUCCUCACCCAGUCUGCACUCUCGUUCUCCUUCUAUCUCCAACAUGGCGGCUUUAAGUCGUGCUCAUUCCCCUGCCUUAGGAGUGCACUCUUUUACGGGGGUGCAGAGGUUCAGCCUGUCGGGCCACAAUCAGUCUCCAAGGAGACACAGUAUUUCUCAUUCUCCAGAAAGUAAUUCGAAUAGCUCUUUACUUGCACCAGAAACAGAGCCCAUUGUUCCAGAACUUUGUAUUGACCAUUUAUGGACAGAAGCGAUUACUAAUAUAAGAGAGAAAAAUUCACAGGCCUCAAAAGUGUUCAUUACAUCUGACUUGUGUGGGCAGAAGUUCUUGUGCUUUUUGGUGGAGUCCCAGCUCCAGUUACGCUGUGUAAAAUUUCAAGAGAGUAAUGAUAAGACCCAGCUCAUCUUUGGUGCCAUCACCAACAUACAAGCAAAGGAUGCCGCGCCAGUGGAGAAGAUAGACACUAUGCUGGUCCUGGAAAGCAGUGGAAACCUGGUACUUUACACAGGAGUGGUUCGGGUGGGAAAGGUGUUCAUUCCUGGACUGCCAGCUCCUUCCCUGACAAUGUCCAACCCGAUGCCUCGGCCCAGCACUCCCCUCGACAGUGUUAGCACUCCUAUGCCUCUGAGUAAACUACUCGGAUCCUUGGAUGAGGUGGUUCUGUUGUCUCCAGUUCCAGAACUAAGGGAUUCUUCAAAACUUCAUGAUUCUCUCUAUAAUGAAGAUUGUACUUUCCAACAGCUUGGAACUUACAUUCAUUCUAUAAGAGACCCUGUCCGUAACAGAGUGACUCUAGAACUGAGUAAUGGCUCCAUGGUUAGGAUCACUCUUCCUGAAAUUGCCACGUCUGAAUUAGUACAAACAUGUUUGCAAGCAAUUAAGUUUAUCCUGCCAAAAGAAAUAGCUGUUCAGGUGCUUGUCAAGUGGUACAGUGUCCACAGUGCUCCAGGUGGACCGAGCUAUCAUUCAGAGUGGAAUUUAUUUGUGACUUGUCUCAUGAACUUGAUGGGUUAUAACACAGACCGCUUAGCAUGGACAAGAAAUUUUGACUUUGAAGGGUCACUUUCCCCAGUAAUUGCACCCAAAAAAGCAAGGCCUUCUGAGACGGGAUCUGAUGACGAUUGGGAAUAUUUACUGAAUUCAGACUACCAUCAGAAGGUUGAGUCUCACCUUUUAAGUAGAUCUUUAUGUCUGAGUCCUUUGGAAGCGUCUCAGAUGAAGGAUGAAGACUUGUCACAGAAUCUCAGCCUGGAUUCUUCUACACUCCUCUUCCCUCACAUACCUGCAAUUUUUUUUGUUCUUCACCUUGUCUAUGAGGAGCUUAAGUUGAAUACUCUGAUGGGGGAAGGAAUUUGUUCUCUUGUUGACCUUCUCGUUCAGUUGGCAAGGGACUUAAAAUUGGAGCCUUACUUAGAUCAUUACUACAGAGAUUACCCAGCGCUUGUAAGAACUACUGGACAGGUGUGCACAAUUGAUCAAGGUCAAACAGGGUUUAUGCAUCAUCCGUCAUUUUUUACUUCUGAGCCACCAAGUAUUUACCAGUGGGUGAGUUCUUGUCUGAAGGGUGAAGGAACGCCACCCUACCCUUACCUCCCUGGCAUCUGUGAAAGAAGCCGACUUGUAGUUUUGAGUAUCGCGCUCUAUAUUCUUGGUGAUGAAAGCUCUGUUUCUGAUGAAUCCUCACACUACUUAUCGAGAAUAACUCCAGCCCCCCAGAAGUCACAAGCAGAACAAGAGGAAAACAGGUUUAGUUUUAGUCAUUCUACAUCAGUCUCUAGUCUAGCUGAAAGAUUAGUAGUCUGGAUGGCCAAUGUAGGUUUCACUUUAAGAGACUUGGAAACUCUUCCCUUUGGAAUUGCUCUUCCCAUCAGAGAUGCAAUCUACCACUGUCGUGAGCAGCCUGCUGCAGACUGGCCAGAGGCUGUGUGUCUCUUGAUUGGACGUCAGGACCUGUCCAAGCAGGCCUGUGAAGGAAACUUGCCCAAAGGGAAAUCCGUGCUCUCAUCAGAUGUUCCUUCAGGAACAGAGACUGAGGAGGAAGAUGACGGCAUGAACGACAUGAAUCAGGAGGUUAUGUCACUCAUAUGGAGUGAGGAUUUAAGGGUGCAGGAUGUGCGGAGGCUUCUUCAAAGUGCGCAUCCCGUCCGUGUCAACGUAGUGCAGUACCCAGAGCUCAGCGACCACGAGUUCAUUGAGGAAAAGGAAAACAGAUUGCUCCAGUUGUGCCAACGAACUAUGGCUCUUCCAGUAGGACGAGGGAUGUUUACCUUGUUUUCAUACCAUCCUGUUCCAACAGAACCAUUGCCUAUUCCUAAGUUGAAUUUGACUGGGCGUGCUCCUCCUCGGAACACAACAGUAGACCUUAACAGUGGGAACAUUGAUGUGCCUCCCAACAUGACAAGCUGGGCCAGUUUUCAUAAUGGUGUGGCCGCUGGCCUGAAGAUAGCCCCGGCUUCUCAGAUCGACUCGGCAUGGAUUGUUUACAAUAAGCCCAAGCAUGCUGAGUUAGCCAAUGAGUAUGCUGGCUUCCUCAUGGCCCUUGGCCUGAAUGGGCACCUCACCAAGCUGGCCACUCUCAACAUCCAUGACUACUUGACUAAGGGUCAUGAAAUGACAAGCAUUGGACUACUCCUUGGUGUUUCUGCUGCUAAGCUGGGCACCAUGGAUAUGUCCAUUACUCGACUGCUCAGCAUCCACAUUCCUGCUCUCUUACCCCCAACAUCCACGGAGCUUGAUGUUCCUCACAAUGUCCAGGUGGCGGCAGUAGUUGGCAUUGGCCUCGUAUAUCAAGGAACAGCUCACAGGCAUACUGCGGAAGUCCUGUUGGCUGAAAUAGGACGGCCCCCUGGCCCCGAGAUGGAAUACUGCACUGACAGAGAGUCCUACUCUUUAGCUGCUGGCUUGGCCCUGGGGAUGGUCUGCUUGGGGCAUGGCAGUAAUUUGAUAGGUAUGUCUGAUCUCAAUGUGCCUGAGCAGCUUUAUCAGUACAUGGUUGGCGGUCACAGGCGUUUUCAAGCAGGAAUGCACAGAGAAAAACACAAGUCUCCAAGUUAUCAAAUCAAAGAAGGAGAUACCAUAAACGUGGAUGUAACUUGUCCAGGUGCCACUCUUGCUUUGGCUAUGAUCUACUUAAAAACCAAUAACAGGUCCAUUGCUGAUUGGCUCCGAGCUCCUGACACAAUGUAUUUGCUGGACUUUGUAAAACCGGAGUUUCUCUUGCUUAGGACGCUUGCUCGAUGCCUGAUUUUGUGGGAUGAUAUUUUACCAAAUUCCAAGUGGGUUGACAGCAAUGUUCCUCAAAUUAUAAGAGAAAAUAGUAUCUCUCUCAGUGAAAUUGAAUUGCCUUGCUCAGAGGAUUUGAAUCUGGAAACCUUGUCGCAAGCACAUGUCUACAUAAUUGCGGGAGCCUGUUUGUCUCUGGGUUUUCGAUUUGCUGGCUCAGAAAAUUUAUCAGCGUUUAACUGCUUGCAUAAAUUUGCAAAAGAUUUUAUGACUUAUUUGUCUGCACCUAAUGCUUCUGUGACAGGUCCCUACAACCUGGAAACGUGCCUAAGUGUGGUGCUGCUGUCUCUGGCCAUGGUCAUGGCUGGCUCAGGGAAUCUAAAGGUUUUGCAGCUUUGUCGUUUCUUGCACAUGAAAACAGGUGGUGAAAUGAACUAUGGUUUCCACUUAGCCCAUCAUAUGGCACUUGGGAUUCUAUUUUUGGGAGGAGGAAGGUACUCUCUGAGCACCUCAAACUCCUCCAUCGCUGCUCUCCUCUGUGCCCUUUACCCGCACUUCCCUGCUCACAGCACUGACAACAGGUGAGUCCAGUGAUUCUGUUCUCAACGUGAUCUUUUUUAAGCUC